AUGUCAUCGGCAUCAGAAUCUCCGUCGCUCAUCGAGCAAGCCGACUUCAGCACCGUUCCUAAACCGUUUAAAAGCGAAUCAUGGAAACAGUCCAACAAGCGAUAUAAGAAUCUGAAAGCACUUGUAACUGACGAACAAAAGAGACUGGCAAGUCUGCCUCCAUCUGACGAUAAAGCCACAUAUUUCAGUAUUGAGGCACCUCCAUCUCUACGACCACAAAAGCAUUGGUGCGAUAUUACCGGAUUACCGGGCCGAUACAAAUCUGCCAGACAUGGACUCCGCUUCUACAAUGUCGAAAUUUUUAAAGCCAUUGACGAAAUGGCUCCCGGUGCCGACCAGCAGUACCUCAGUCUCAGAAAUGCCAAUGUCAUUCUGAGAUAG